AUGAGCGCGAGGGCCUCAGUUUCAGCAGCCGGUGCCAUUUGUCAUGUCCAGCAACAAGUGCAACAUGUCGAGGUGGAGACGGAAAAGUACUGCACAGUCCUGAUUCACUAUGAGAAGGGUGUGCCGCCGACUUCCGAAGAGCUUGCCAAAAAGUUGGAAAGCAAGAAGGAAAGCAUACAAGCAGAGGCUCUCGAGGAGCUCAUCUUGCUAAUGAUAAAUGGCGAGUCAUAUCCAAAGCUUUUGAUGACCAUCAUUCGUUUUGUGGUGACCAGCCGCGACCAUCGAGUAAAGAAGUUGCUCCAGAUUUACUGGGAGAUUGUCGAGAAAACCAAGGACAGUGGCGAUUUAAAAGAAGAGAUGAUCCUAGUCUGCAAUGCGUUGCGGAAUGACCUUAUGCAUGCCAAUGAGUAUGUCUGCGGCUCAACGCUGAGGUUAUUAUGCAAAAUGAAGUACUACAGGAUCCUCGAGCCUCUGAAGGAGGCAGUGCUCAGAAACCUGGGCCACAGGCAUUCAUACGUUCGCCGAAAUGCGGUGAUGUGCGUUUUCUCCAUCGUGAAGAGCUUCGGUGUGGAGGUUCUGCCUGAGGCUCCGGAGGACAUUGAGCAGCUGUUGCUUGUCGAGGGCGAUUUGUCCACCAAGCGAAACGCUUUCCUCAUGCUCGUGAAUUGCGAUCAGGAGAGAGCCAUCAAGUAUGUCUUGAGCUUGCAAGACCAGGUCAGUUCUAUGGGGGACAUUUUCCAGCUGGCCGUUUUGGAGCUGGUACGAAAGGUUUGCCGCUCGACAUCGGUCAACAAAGGCCGGUUCCUUCGAAUUGUUUUUGAUCUAGCUUCCUCAUCCUCCACAGCGGUGUCCUAUGAGUGCGCCUCCUCACUGGUUUCGCUGUCUUCGUCGCCUGUAGCCAUACACCAGGCUGCUCAGGCUUAUGUGCAGUUGCUGACAGAGCAGUCGGACAACAACGUCAAGCUUAUCGUCCUAGAUCGCUUGCGAGACGUGCAGAAGCACCACAAGCAGGUCAUGGAGGGUAUGGUGAUGGACAUUUUCAGAGCUCUCAGCUGUCCAUCACUUGACGUGCGGAAGAAGGUCAUGGACAUUUGUCUGGGUUCUCUGGUCACUCCACGGAACAUCAAGGAUGUUGUGGCGCUGCUGAAGAAAGAGGUGAUCAAGACCUUAGGGUACGAGGCCUCAAACACUGAAGGCAACCUGGAGUACCGGCGGCUGCUUAUUAGAGCACUGCACGCGUGCACAGGGCAAUAUCCUGAUCAAGCGCAGAGCGUCAUGUUCCUUCUUAUGGACUUCCUGACAGAAUCUGACCAGAUGACAGCCACUGAAGUAGUUAUGUUUCUCCGUGAACUCAUUGCCAACUAUACAGACAUGCGCCAGCCCAUUCUGCAGCGCCUUGCGGAAUGCAUCGCCGAUGUCUCACAAUCGCGGGUCCUUCGGGGCUGUCUCUGGCUCUUCGGCGAGUACUGCGAGGAUGAAGCUCUCAUUGAGACUGUCAUCCAGGGUGUGCUUGCCGCAUUGAGGCCACUGCCCCUGGUCUUGGAAGAUGCGUCACAAAAGGAGAAAAAGGAUGCAAGCAACAGCGAAAAGAAGCAGCAGGAGAAGAAGCCACCAAAGAUCACAACGAAAACGGUGGUCCUGGCAGAUGGCACCUAUGGUACUCAGAACGUCUACGAAGGAGGCGAAGGAGAGGAAGACGAGGCGCCUGAGGAGAAGACGAAGACUGACUCGAAAAAGACUGCCUUCCGGGCUUUGCUGCUGGGCGGUGACUUCCUCCUCUCUGCAAUGGUUGGAGUGUCGAUGACAAAGCUUUGCAUGAAGCUGAAGAAGCUGUCUGUUGGCACGCGAAACGAGGUUCUCUUGGUGAUUGCAAACCUCUUCAAGCUUGUGAAGCAGCAUGCGUGUGGCGGCGAGAAGUGCGACAGCGCGGUUCGACUCAGCCAGUGCAUCCGAGCUUUUGCCGUGCUUGGCAACUCGCAGUUCUCUGACUCGCAGCGUGCGGCUGCGCAGUUGGUUCAAGGCGACUGGACUUCAAACCACGGCCGGGACCAGCUGGCGAAGGUAUUGGAACUGGCCGCGCAAAAUUCGGAGUGGGCGCUCGGUCAAGAGGAAGAGGUGCAGGAGAAGAGCGUUGGUCCGGAUGAAUGUGUGAUGUUCCGACAGCUUCGAGAGAGAAAGGGCGGAAUUGGUCCGACAGGUGCAAUGGACGACGACGAGGACUUUAGCGCGGCUCGUGGUGCCUUCCUGGCGCAGGCAGCUGCGGACGGCGCGCUGUUUGCAGAGCGCCUGGCCAAGGUGCAGCAGAUGACCGGCCUGGCAGAUCCCGUUUACGUGGAGGCCUUUUUGCAGGUCCACUCCUUCGACCUCAUGCUUGAGCUUUUGGUCGUGAACAGGACCAGUGAGACCCUGCAAAAUGUCCUCAUUGAGUUGAGCACGCAGGGAGACUUGAAGAUUGUGGAUAGACCGUCGGCAGUUACGCUGGCAGCAGGUCAGCAGAUGACGCUCCACGCUUCCAUCAAGGUAGCUUCCACAGAGACCGGCAUCAUCUUUGGUUAUGUCACGUUUGAAAAGAAGAGCGCGGCAGACAAGGAAUGCUCUGUUCUGAACGAGCUGCACGUGGACAUCUUAGACUACAUAGAGCGCUCGUGGAUCAACGAGCUUGCCUUCCGCACCAUGUGGUCGGAAUUCGAAUGGGAAAACAAGGUAAACAUCAACACCUCCAUAACAGAGGUGGGGACGUUCCUGGAACACAUCAUGAGAAAUACCAAUAUGUCCAUCGUUGGUAGAAGUUACAAGAAGACUAGUGAUAACAAGGCCCAGAAGAAGGGCAAGCUGACUGCAGAAGAUGUGCAGGAGAUGUUGCGAGAUGCUGUGGGGAUCAAGAAGCUCAUUGACACCUCCAGCUUUGUCGCCGUCAAUCUCUAUGCUAAGUCCAUCUUCGGUGAGGACGCGCUCGCAAACAUUUCUAUCGAGAAGCUGCCGGACGGCAAGCUGACAGGCAGCUGUCGCAUUCGCUCCAGAACGCAGGGCAUUGCUUUAUCCCUGGGUGACCGGAUCACCAUUGUGCAGCGGGGCGUCCAGUUGAAGAGCGAGUAA